UUUUGGUUCUAAAACCAUAUGUUUUUGUUUACAGUAACUAUAAAAAAAUAUGGUAGCGCAACUGUGUUUACCACUUAGGAGUUUUUAACUCGAACGCGAAAGUGACACCCCAAAUAGCCAGAGUGAUUUAGCUGAAAGGAAUUAAAAAUUAAUUAGUCAAUUAUUAAAUAAUUCACGAUGCCUUCUUUUUGUGCUGUAAUCAAUUGCAAUGAUAGAUAUGGUCACUCGGACAAUAUAUCCUUUCAUAAAUUUCCUUUAAAGCGUGCAGAUCUACUAAAGGAAUGGGAAGCGUUUAUUCAGCAGCAACGGGGACAGGACUGGCAUGCUUCCCGAUGGAGUUCAUUAUGUAGUCGCCAUUUUCGAGAAGAGGACUUUCGUUCAUUAAAUGAACGCAAAACUCUUAAAAAAUCAGCUGUACCAUCGGUUAUGUUAAAUCCAAAAGAGAAGACGGCUAAAAAGUCAAAGUUAACCAUAGACGAUGUCAAAGCUAAAGAAGCGCAACAAAUACAAGGUAUAAAAGAAAGCCUGGAGGACAUGAGCAACAAUGUAGUCAGGAGUAGUUGCCGUUUAUGCGGUAUCUCUUCGAUACCUGCUGCUACAUUUCUAACCAAUUACGAACUAUAUGGUAUGCUCCAAAAAUGUUUUCCUACUUUAAAUAUUCAGCAAGAAGACCCUUUACCUAAAAUAUUGUGUGCCAAUUGCCUAAAAAAUUUGCAAUUAUUCGGUAGCUUUGUAGAUAAAGUAAGAGAUGCUCAAGAAGAAUUACAAAGAAAAUAUCGCACACGUAUGGUGGAAAAGGCCAUUAAAAUUAAACAAGAGCCAGUGGUAAGAGUUAAACAAGAAGUAGCCGAAGCUGGCUACGAACAGUCGCAAGAUUUCCCCAUAAACAAUGAAGAAUAUGACGGAGGUGAUCAACAAGCUGAAGGGACAGAGAGUGAAAGAAAAUAUGAAUUUUGUGAUUUUCCAAUAAUAAAUGAUUGCGAUAUUAUGGAAAUUAUAAAUUUGGAUGAUCCCUUCAUAAAUAUACCCGACGAUGAUAAUACCACAUCGUUGAAUGAAGAAAGUGAACAGUACAAAGUAGGAGAGGAACAGCUCAUGCAACAAAUACUACCAUCAGCUCACGAUCUCCUGCAAACGCACUUGCUACUAGAGGAACAUAAUUAUGCGUACGUUGAGACAGAAGAUUUCAAGGAAGAACGUAAUUUCUAUAAAACGGAGAAGACUGAAGGCUACGAACAAAAUAGUGAAAAUCCCUCCAACUCCCCAUUAAAUACAAAUUCAAACGUUGCCACUGUGGACAGAGAGGAAGCAUAUCACCAUCAACAUACUUUAACAACCAAUCCGACACUAGUGCCAACUUUAGCGCAACACGAUUUUGAUAUACCGCAUGAAAAUCGAGCUGUGAAGCCUAUAGUAACUUCGGUUAGUGCCAUUCAACAACCUAUUAAGCCGAACGGUAUUGUCGUACUCAACGAAAGUAUAGUAAAAUCCGGCAACGGUUUUCAAUUGCACGCUUGUAUGGUGUGCCAAAUGAAAUUUUUUAGCGUGGAAUCCUUAAAACAACAUUACACACAAACCCACGGUACUCCAAUGGUAAGUGUUCCAAGCAUCAAUUUGGAGAAAAGUCAAGACAAUACUUGCAAAACUGAAACGGAUACCAAGUGUGCAGACCAGCAAAUUCAAAUAGUGAAACACCACGACGUUUUACAACCACCUGAAUCAAUUUUGAGCAAUUGUGAUCCCGCUCCUACCAAGCAGCAAAAGACAAUUUUGAUAAGUAAUAAAUGUAAAAUGCCGAGAAGAAAGCGUUCUUUGCAUUAUAAUUUAAACACAAUGGCUCUGCAUUAUCAACAGUUGAGAAGAUUCUGCAAAAAGUUGCAAAAGAAAUGUCAAAAUCUGGAACAAAAUGUUGAGCAAUUGCAAUCACAGCCGACUAUAAAAUCGCUCAAAAACUUUUCCAAAAUCAGAAACACAGUAAAUGCUUCUUUACAAUCAAUUAAAUGCAGCCAAGCGAAGAAUCUCAAUAAGAAGCAAUACCAGAAUGAGUUUCUUAAAUUUGAAUGUUUGGUGUGUUCGAAGAACUUUAGUAAUGGGAACAGUUUACGUCAGCACAAAAUAACCCAUACUGAAGAGCGGAAACAUAACUGCGGACUAUGUCAUCGGGCAUUUAAACGGCGUAAUGGAUUGCUGCAGCAUUUGAAAGGGUUCCAUUUGCAAGUGAAACCUUUUACCUGCCCCGUCUGCGCUCAUUCGUAUGCUUUAAAAUGUGACAUGCAGCGGUGUAAACAUUCUUUACUGAAAGUAACCCAAAAUCAAGACGGCAGUAAUAACAAUAAUAAUAAUAAUCUUCCCGGUAAAAAAUCAAACGCAACGUGACAUUAAAUUCAUAUAAUAAUUAUCUAAAUAUUUCAAGCAGAAACUCUAAUUUAAAUAAAAAAAUAAUUCAAAAGAGUAAGAAAACUAUUUACUUUUGUA